GGCCUCCCCGGGAGCCGAGCAUGUUUCAGACCUUGUACAACUAUUUUUGGUGGGAACGGCUCUGGCUCCCGGCAAACCUCACCUGGGCUGACCUGGAGGACCGGGAUGGGCGAGUCUAUGCCAAAGCCUCUGACCUGUACAUCACCCUCCCCUUGGCCUUCCUCUUCCUCGUUGUCCGGCACCUCUUUGAGACGUACGUGGCCACCCCCCUGGCCGGGCUCCUGAAUGUCAAGGAGAAGGUCCGGUUAAAAGCCACCCCCAAUGCGGUGCUGGAGAAGUUUUAUGCUGCCACCAGCAAACACCCUAAGCAGGCUGACGUGGAGAUGCUCUCAAAGAAGAGCGGCUGCACCGUGCGCCAGGUCGAGCGCUGGUUCCGCCGCCGCCGCAACCAGGACCGGCCCAGCCUGCUGAAGAAGUUCCGGGAGGCCAGUUGGAGAUUCACCUUUUACCUUAUUGCUUUCAUUGCUGGCAUGGCUGUCAUAGUGGAUAAACCCUGGUUCUACGACCUCCGGGAGGUGUGGAAGGGAUAUCCCAUCCAGAGCGUGCUGCCCUCCCAGUACUGGUACUACAUGAUCGAGCUCUCCUUCUACUGGUCCCUGCUCUUCAGCAUCGCCUCCGACGUCAAGCGCAAGGAUUUCAAAGAGCAAAUCAUCCACCACGUCGCCACCAUCAUCCUCAUCAGCUUCUCCUGGUUCGCCAACUACGUCCGUGCAGGGACGCUCAUCAUGGCCCUGCACGACUCCUCGGAUUACCUGCUGGAGUCUGCCAAGAUGUUCAACUACGCCGGGUGGAGAAACACCUGCAACAACAUCUUCAUCGUCUUCGCAGUCGUCUUCAUCAUCACCCGCGUGGUCAUCCUGCCCUUCUGGAUCAUGCACUGCACCAUGUUCUAUCCGCUGGAUCUCUACCCCGCCUUCUUCGGCUACUACUUCUUCAACUUCAUGAUGGUGGUGCUGCAGUCGCUGCACAUCUUCUGGGCCUACCUCAUCAUCCGCAUGGCCCACAAGUUCGUAACUGGAAAGGUGGUGGAGGAUGAGCGGAGUGACCGCGAGGAGACGGACAACUCUGAGGAGGAGGAGGAGGUGGCCAAGAACGGGCCCCUCUCCAAUGGCCACCCUGUCCUCAACAACAACCACCGCAAAACCGACUGA